UAUUCGAGCCCCGUACCGCAGAUUCUUCAGUGCCGUUGAAACUUGUCUAGGUGGGAUGGUACUGCGCCAGUAGAGACGAGGACGCGAGAGUGGACGGCCGCAAACGCGGUGAGCCGCGCUACCACACGAAUGAACGCUAAAUCUCCUAGUCCAGUAUAGCGCGGCAACGACCUCAAGCAACAUGGGGUCCCAGCAAUUCUGCCUCAAGUGGAACAACCACCAAUCGAACAUGCUGGCCGUGUUCGAACAGCUUCUCUCCAACGAAGCGCUGGUGGACGUGACGCUUGCGUGCGAAGGUCUAUCGCUGAAGGCCCACAAGAUGGUUCUGUCCGCUUGCAGUCCCUUCUUUCAAGCUCUUUUUGUCGAAAAUCCCUGCAAGCACCCCAUUGUGAUCAUGAAAGAUAUGAGAUAUAUGGACUUAAAAGCCAUCGUCGAGUUCAUGUACCGCGGCGAGGUUAAUGUAUCUCAAGACCAACUCUCCGCUCUUCUCAAGACGGCGGAGACGCUCAAAGUCAAAGGACUGGCGGAAGUCACCGGCGAGAACAAGCAUGGUGCGCUUGUGAGUGUGGACGGUGCGGAUCCUAAGCCAGUGGGCACCCCUCGUGCCGAAUCUCCGCCGCUUAGUAAACGGAAAAGAGGGCGGCCUCGGAGACGCUCGCCCAGCGAUUCCAACAAGAGCGAUUCCGAAGACCAGGGUGGCCCUCCGGCGACGCGCAUCAAGGGACCCGAAAGCCCCGAAAUCAUCGAGGAUGGCAGUUUGUCGAGCGACCGUGUUACGGCCCUUCCGGCCGCAUCUCCUUCGAGUCGGACUUCUUCCACUGUGGCGGUGUCUUCUACGGCUGUGCCUCCUAGCGCGCACCUUGGUUCCACCGCCAAGGCCACCAACUCUUUGGCCACCUCGCAGCAUACUCAGGACUCCAUUGGUGACGACGUGGGGGAGGGCGACGAUGCGGACUUUGAGGUCGAGCCCUCUAACCUAAUGGAACAGUCCAUGACGACAGAGAACGUUCCUGUGUUCACGGACGUUGCCUCAUCAUCACAAGCACUAGGGAACGAGUCACAGCAGUCUCAUCACACAGGGUCCACAUCAGACAGUACAGCUCUUGUUCCUGUUCAAGCCUCAUUGCCUUCAGACAUCUCCAUUUCCAGUCAAGUGGACAUCAAACCGUCGCCUUCUAGUUUAAUACCCUACGACGACCAGGCGAUUUCGCCUGUAGUCGCAGCUCCUCCUGCCGCAGCGGCCUCCUCUGCGGAGGGCGCAUCCAUGGCUAUGAUGUUCAUGGACUCUUCGGGCGUCCCUGCAAUCGCCGGCCCGUCCAAUUAUCAUCCGGACAAGCAACAGUCAACUCCAUCUCAUGCAACCCAUGGCUGGCAAGCUCUCGGAGUAGCUGCACGACAGUACCGAGGCCCCUCAUCAGCUUCAGCUAGCUUGGUUUGUCGUCCACACUGGUGCAGUGUGUGCAAUAAGUGCUACAGCAGCGCUGCAAAGCUGAGGCGGCAUCAGACAAUGCACUACCUGCAGCGAAAGUUUUACAAAUGCUCGUACUGUCCACGACGCUACUCUUGGAUGGAGACGCUGCAUGUUCACAUGAAACGCAUCCAUGGUCACACCGGCCUUGAACCACUGGCCACAUCCAUGGAGCAAGAUGCUGCUGCUCCUGCUGCAGGCACAGUCGAAGCCAGGCCGACAUGUGACAUCUGUGGUCGCAGUUUCUUCAACAAACAGACUCUGGAGCGUCACAUGGACAGGCAUCGACCGCUCCAGCAGGCGGCCUUCCAUUCACAUGUAGUUUGUUCGAGGCACUGUAACUUGCAAGUCUGUGUUAGAAGAUCAGGAGAUGAUGUAAGGCCACAGUCUCCAUCUUAUCAUCGUGCGGUAUGGAGCAUUAUACCCGGAUCAAGGCAAAGGUUAACCUCACGGCCACCUCGGUCAUCAUUUUCACCACCACCACCAAGUGACGAUUCAGCUGACUCUUUCUCCUGCUCUUUCUGCUCAAAAGUAUUCAAGUUCCACUCAUCGCUACACGUCCGGCACUUCGCAACGCCUCUCGUGCACGAAAUGUCCUCAAGGGCCUCUUUAAGUGCAACCAGUGUCGAGCAGAGUUCACAGAAAACGCCAACCUGUCACGCCAUCGCCGCACAAUGCAUGCAGCGGUGCCAAGUGUGUUUGUCUGCCACAUCUGCACAAGGACAUUUAAUCGCAGUGACAACAUGCACAUGCACAUCAAGAAUGUUCAUGGUGGAGGCAGUGUGGUGGCAUCAAAGUGAGGCACACUUCGGCUGCAGAACUGUCCACAUGGGAGAACCUGCUUGGUGUCUUCUGGUGCUCUUCAGUGUGUGAACUACCACAUGUGAUGAUUAGGCAGAUAUAUGAAGCUGUUGUUGAGAAGUGUUUAUCAAAUGUUUAUGCUUCUGAUCAACAGAAGCACUAAUGAAAGUGGUGUCUUGCUCAGGACAUUUCAGUGAUAAUAUUUUGCAUUAUGACAGAACUAUUGAGCUUGUCAUUCCACAGAUCUCGGUUAGAAGUUACAUUAGAAGCCUAUAGAAUGUGACGAUUGUAGGCAGUUGCUGCUAAAACACAAGUACGAUGAGCAAGCUCUUUUUCAAAUGUCAGCUUCUAGGAUGGACCAAAACUUACCUGAUUGUUACACUAGCUGUCAUAUGGUACCUGCUUGACAAUGUUUGCGGAGCCAAAGAUAAGAUUUAUUUGCCUCUACUGUGAUCUUCUAGAACACUCGUGCAAAGCAGACUUGUUUCUUUUGCAAGCACUGAGCACGAUUUAGAUCGACUUAGUGAAACAAGACUAAGUGAUGUUAUAGAGAAAUUGACAUCCUAAUUGAGGCACUUGGAAGCAGGACAGUAAUCUUUAGAUGCACAAUCUUGGGCAAGGAGUGCAGCUGCAAGUGGCUGCAUAUCUUUUAUGUGUAGGAUGUCAGUGUAUCGUGAAUUUGCACCAUACAGCUUUCCAGCCUGUAUGAAAGCAUUCCAUUACAUGUUGAGCUUUGGUAAAUGGUUGUUGCGGGUGCAUUGUCUGACACAGCUGCGAUAAGAGCUAUUUUGUGGCAUGCUUACCUAAAAAAUUUGCUCAUUAGUAUUCUGUUGUAUUGUGGAACACAAUAACAAUGACAGUUAUGCUGGUCAGUCUCAUGACAUCAGCACAAUAGAGAUUUUCAGCUUGGCGAGUUGGUAUGGUGUCAGAGUGAAAAAGAGCAUGUACAGGAUGGGGAACAUAAAGAAAGGACACUGGCAUGAGCACUUAAAUGAGAGCUUGUGUCACUUGUGUCAUUAUUUUUUAACGUCUCAGUUAUGUUCAUGCUAUUUUUUUGCUAUAACAUCAACACCUUUAAAUACAAAUAUUUUGUAAUCAUGAUAUAGACACCUUGAACACCCUUAAUUAAGAUUUUUGUUCUUAUGCCCUUUUAAAACAUUUCCAUUUAAAAUUGAUGUUCAUCUUGAAUUCCUUGAAAACUGUGAUGCUGGCAAUCUGAUUAUGAAAACCAGCACACAUAAAAUGUGGAAGCACAUGCUAGGAGCCGUGCACUGGGUGGUCCUGUAAAAUACAUAUUGGUAUUUUGUGUCAGAAAGGGCUAUGUUCACAGGCUUUAUUUCAGUCGGAAGGCCACAUGUCAUGAAGAAAGUAUUGCAGUGUGGGGCAAUCCGUGUUAAUGCCAAACAGUGCACAUGUUAUUUUUUUUUUUGUUUGUGUUUUCUCACUUAAAAAAAUAUAUUUGAAGAAAUUCAUGCACAAUUUCAUGUUUUUAUUUUUGCGUUAGUCUAGAUCAAUAUUGCCUUGUGUAGUACACUGUCGACUGCCCAUUCAAAAGGUUAAAGCCAUAUCGCUAUCGCCAUAAACACCAUGAAAUAUGGAGGUAGUCUUUGCAUGGUCAUAUCUGAUAGCCUGGGCCAGCAGUAUCUGCCGAAGAGGCUUAGGAGUAGAAAAGUCUCUCUCGAUAGACAUCUGAACUGUUCCGUAGCCGUGAGAGAGAAAGUUAAAAAGAAAAUAUAGGGAAGAGGAAGAAUAUAUUGGACAAAGACAAAGGGAAAAAAGAGUGUCAUAGAGUCACAGCACCGCUAAGCUCUUUGAGCAUAAAUGAUGAGGAAGAACAGAACUGCUGCAUGUGGGCCAGUACUGUUAGCUCUGCAGCCAGCCAUCGUGAAGCAGAGCUGGGCUGAACAAGGUGCCGUUAUGUGAUAUGUGGUUUGCGGUAGAUAGCCCUGCUUUUAAUUUGCAUUCAAUACCGCAAGACUACUGUCAGAUAACUCUCUAUAGGGCAAGCUUUGCUGUCUUUAAGGGAAAUAUGAUGCCUUUUGUCAUGCUCCUGUUGUUGCAUGUUGCCAUGACUACAUCCUUGGAACUUUUUCAAUACUAGAGCAGCACUACAUCAGAAUUUCUGGAAGCUUUGAGUGAACUUACAGAAAUGUGCAUCUAGCCUGUAAGCAGCCAUUUGUUCGCUCGUGCCACAUGCCAGACUAAAUAUGAAAUUUUAUGUUAUUGAACUUGUAACAAAUCACAGCACAUGCAUACACCAGUGACAUAACUAUAUAGAAAUUUUUCAGUUAGUGGAAACAUUUGUAGGUCUCGGCUGGUAACCUGCUUUUAUUCAUCUUCUUUUGCACAUUAAAUGCUUAUAGGUAUCUUUUUUGGUAGUCUAUACAGAAUGUUAUCUGUGAGAACCAAUUCGAAAUUUCCAAUUCACAUUGACAUGUUGUUGCUUUGCAGAGAGACUCUGCUGCCAGCCUUGCUUUAACAGCCAUUCUGACACUCGUAAGCUCUACAAAGUUAUAACCCAUGCUUAUAAAGAUAUUGUAUUCCACCCCCUCCCUAGAAAUUAAGCCUGAGUACACCUCAUCCACACUAACUUUAGCUGAAGUUCACAGUUAGUUAAAUAGGCCUUACAGCAGUGUCUUGCUUCUGAAAAAGCACUGAUGCAAGAAGUUUACAGAAUCAUUUUGUAUGAUUAGAGUUAUCAGCAACUCAAAGUUGCCCCUUGUCAAAUUAAGGAUUUCAUCUUUGUCCUUAAUGUUACUCUGGAUGCUGUGAGACUCACUUAUGUGAGUAUUGCUCCACCAAGUGAUGUUUCAUGCUGUGGUUUUUCUUUUUUUUCUUCUAGCUCACCUAAGCUAGCUAUACCCAUAUUUUAGUGCACGAUUCGUCAUGCUUAUUCAGUUGGCUUUCCCUACAUUUGUUCCUUCACUUUAGUUUGUGCUCUCUGCUGCUUUGUCAGUGUAGUGUCUGUCGUUCUGUGCUGAUGUGGUGAAUAGCAACUAUGUUAUACUUGGAAUAAAAUUAAUGUUUUUAGUGCCACAAAAGACAAAAGUUGAUUAGAGUUUUUAAUUUUUUGUGGCACUACAAACACUAAUUAUAACCUAAAGCACUAACUUCACUAUCAAGAGCCGUAAUAACAUAAAACUGUUACAAUCAAUUUUUAUUCCAAUUCUGCCAUUAGCCUUCCGUGAUGAGUCAUCAUGGCUCGUGCUGCACGCUCAUAUAGGCGGGGCUCGAGCCAUUUUGAUUUAUCAUGGAGGGCUAAUGGUGGAUUUGGAAUAAAAACUGAUUGUAACAGUUUUAAGUUAUCACAGCUGUGACGCCUUUCAUGCUGUGAUGCUCCUAGUGGCAGUGAGAGGCGAGCAGUUCAGGGAGUGCAGGAAUAGGGCAUUCAACAUCGUAGGUGAUCUGUAGGGUCUCUCUUGUCCAGAAAAUUUUGUUUGGGUGUUUUUUACCACAGCUGCUACUGAACAAGUGAUUGUAUAAAGUUUGAAAUAUAUAUUGUGCCUCCUAACAAAGCAUCUAGAGUUAUGCAUGUAUGAGACAGAUCAUUUCAGUUUUAUUUUCUGUGUGAGCUACCUUUUAAACAAAACUUAUGCUGUAAACUACAAACUUAAUACCUAGCAUAAAUAACCCAUACACUGUAUUUAUUUCUUUGAAGCUUACGAUUUCUUUUUUGCACUUAUAAGUUGCAGUAUGAUUAAAAAAUGUGUAAGAGCCAAUGGAUGUGGCAGUUACACAGCAUACUGCAGCUGGGGGCAUGCUGUGCAUUGCUGCAGCCAUAAUGGCUUGCACGUUGCAUGUGAACCAAGCCUUGGUAAUGAACACUGCAUAAGUUAGGAGCCUCCUAAAGAAAUUUAGUAAAUUUUAUACAACGUGAGUAUAUAAAUGCUUUAAAAAAAAAUGUUGAAAUGUAGCAGUCAGGUAAAUGCAGGUGAUUGCUUUACAUUAUCUAUGUCAUACAAGCAAAGCAUUAUGUAUGUGUGUGUGUCUGGUGCUAUGGCUAUGGGCAUUUCAUGUCUACACCUAUUCUUGGAGACUGCAUGGAACACCUAUUUCUUGGUGUAUCUCUUAAUGCUGGAACAUGUCUAUUUUUCUCUAACUGGUUAAGGAAGCCUCAUUUACAUACUUUUAUGCCUUUUUAGCUGUAUAAUACUCUCUUGAGUUGUGUCGGUAGCUCUGCUAUCCAAAAAUGAGAGUCUGACUGGUAGUCAAAACUAUUACUAGUGGUCUCAAGUUGCCUUUUCUUUUGGGUAUUUCAUGUAAUCUGCUGCAAUAUUUAGUUUUGCAUGCUGCUAAUGCCUUUUUUCACGUCUUGCAGCAAUGCCAGGAAGUCGCACGCACAUGGACCUUUUCUUGUACAGUACAUGUGUAGACAUCUUCCUAAUUGCUGUCGAAUGAGAGAAGAAGCAUUUAUUUUUAAAUCAUCUCAAACCAUAUUUAUGCCUUCAUUUUAAUUUAUUUUUCAAAGGAGCUUCUCAAUUUUUUUUUUUCAGCGCAUCAUUUUCAUGUUUAUUUAAUUAGAACAUAGUAAUAGGAGCCAGUUCUGAUGUUCUUAAUGAUGACAAGCAAUUUAGAUUCUGCUUAGAGUUGUCUUUAGUAAGCUUAUGACUGCUUGCCUUCUAAAAAAAAAAUAUGCCCUGUUGCUUGCAUUAAUGCAUCACCUAUGUAAGGAGAGUUGCAUUUCUAUAGCAGGGAAGAUUAAAAGUUCAGUGGUUGAGGUUUGUUACUUGCCGCAAGUUCAGAAAAAUAAACAGCAGCAACAAAUGCUUAGGUAAUGCCCUCCUACAAGUAUGAAGGUAAUGACUUUGAAUGCCCUUAACUACCCUUAAGUUUAUAUUGUUAGUCCUGUGUCAAAAUUGCCAUUGUCUCCUGUUUGACUAUCUUCUUUUAAUAUUGCUACGGAAUAGUAUUACCGAUGACGAAGAGGCGAGCAGUAAGAAGACGACGACAACGAUUAGAGGCUAGCGCGGGCUGUUGCCUCUUGGCCAAGUGCGGCGUAUUACGUUGUAAAUAUACUUGUAUAUAGCUUUUCAUUUGCGUCUUCUUACGUAACAUAUCUGGUGGAGGUGGACGUUCCCUGUACCUCGACCUGUAUCAUUAGACAUUAUUUCUGCCUUCCUUCUCCUCCUAUUCAUGUUGACUGCACGAUGAAGGCCUCUCAUAGCAGUCUCCAGUUACACCUGUCUUAUGUCUGCCAACUCCAUUCUAGGCCUGCAAAUUUUCUAAUUGCACAACAAAAUUCUCUGCUGUCCUCAGCUGUGUUUUUUGUUCCUUUUGCGUCCAUUGUGCUUCUCUAAUAGACCAGUGGUUAUCGGCUGUAUGCAUUACAUGACCCAUUGAAUUCCAGUUCUUUUUUGUCAACUGGAAUAUCAGCUACACGCAUGUUGGCUGUUCAUUCAUAUAUCUUACCAUUAAGCUUAUGAUUUUCUGUUCUAUUGCUCGUUCUGUGGCUCUUAGCUUCUCCUCUUUGUUAUCCUUAUUGGUAGAAUGUACAUUUAUUACAUACUUUCUAUUGAAGAAUAUUGGUAAGCUAUUGGUGAGCUAUUAAUAACUUUGGAGUGCCCUCACAAGCACUCCAAGCAGUUUUUAUUCAUCAGAAUAUUUCCUCCUUGUUAGCCUGGUCCUCUAUAAAUAAUAGGUGUACAUAAAGUGCUCCCACACUGCUUGAAGGGGCUGGCAACCAAUCAUAAACUCUUUUGUGCCCUUGCCAGGCUGUUAUGCAGUUUCCUGCGUAAUAAUAUCUAAACCUGCCCUGAAACUUUGGAAACUCAGGUUGGCAAUCAUUUAUUGCAUUUCAUCUCUACUGCUAAAUAGAACAGUGUCAUCUGCAAACAGCAGAUUGUGGGAAUAUUCCCUGUUAACCCUUACACCUGAUCUUUUAAGCUAGCGUCUAGAAUACCUCUCGCUAGCAUGCAUUGAAUGAUAACAUAUAGAGUGUGUCUCCUUGCUGACACCAUUCUAAGUCCAUAUUUUGGGGCAAAAGGCACACUAAAAUUGUAUUAAAAGGCAGCUGGAGAAGUUGACAGGAAAAACACACUUGCAACUGAGGUUUAUUGGACAAUAAUUCUAUUAUGAGCAUUGAAGUGCAGACACUGACAGUAAGAAACAAAAUGAGAAUCAAGGCUUCAGAAAAGGUGGAAGAAAGGUGAUAACGUAAAUGCUAAAACAUUGGUCUAUCUUUUCGUGCUCCCCGACAUAAGUGGUAACAUGGUUGGCAUGUGUAAACACAAUAGCAACUGAAUGAUGAAUUAUCAGAUGCACUGGUGGCUCAUUGGUGCACACAUAUCCAUGUGUGCUGAUCUGGCUAGCGUCCAGGAUCUAUUUUUCCAGUUUGCCUUUUGCUUAUUUUGUCACCAUGGCUUCUUUAAAAGUGCUGAGCAGCUGCAUUUCUCAUAGUGUGGUGAUAUCAGCCUACAUCAACUUGUCUUCUUGUCUAGCUUAGCUGCCAGUGUAUUGUGUUAAAGAAAUUUCAUUAAAUGUUAGGUGGAAUGUGAGAAAUGGUGGCACAAAUUACAUGGCACAAAAUAUAGCCGCAAUCUUUCACCUGCCCACCAGUGUACCAGGAAUAUUACUUACAUAGAAAUAUACCUGCAUGCUCAAGUGGCAGCUUCGCACUAUUUUUAGUAAUAAUCUUAGAGGUCCAGGUAUGUGAUGUUGCCUAAAAUGAGCAACACACAUUUCUAAAAGUUCCAGGUAGCUUUAAUCUCACAGCCACACCACCGAGCUGCCUGAAAUGUGUAUGAGAACUAGGUUUUGGUGCGGAGUUGCCUCUAGGGCAUGUGGUCGCCGCAUACCUGCAUGCUGCUUUGUUACGGUCGUUUGGCCUCAACUGUAAAACCUAAAGUAUCUGUCUUUUGGAAUUGUGUGCUUGAACCUGGCAUUGCAGGCUUAGCUAUUUAUCAGUUAUACAUUUUAUCAUCAAGAAAGGUGUGAGAAUAAUUGACACUGCAAGUGAACUGGUCGUCCGCCCUUGUAAUUAUUUUCAUAGCAGCCCCUUACAUGCCUGUAUUUGAAAUAUUUCUAUGCCACAUCUGAGAAACUAGUGAAAGACAACCACUACAGUACACUUUAUGCAUAUAGGUGCGGAAAAACCUUGUUUUUGUUUAUGCGUUGGGUAUCUAGAGAGCAGUGCUUUUAUGCGCUUGCUACUAAGCCUAUCGGCUGCAAAAUUUAAAAAUUUUUUCAGUGUAGAAUGCAUGCCAUUUCAGCCUGGAUGACAGUGACUGACAAGUCUGUUCUACCUGUGUGCGAGGCAUUGCUUUCUUUUGGCACAAUCCUGAAUUUUUUCAGCAAACUUUAGCUUGUUCUGGCUCUAGUCACUAUUCUACUGCUUGUGUCGCUGUCAGACACUGUUAUGAGCGUGGUUUGACUUGUUUGUAAGAUUUGUCUGAUACAUAUAAGCAUAAAUGCAUGUUGUCUGUGAAGUAACAAGAGUUAUUUAACAGGCUCAUAGAGGUAAAAUGUGGUUUCCAUUUAAGUUCUGGAUAUACUGAGCAAAGGAAACAGACAUAACAAAUUGUGUCACUGUACUUGUCUCACCGAGUAUUACUUUUCUUUCUUCUUUUUCUUUGGAAGCAGUAUCUUUAGUUUUUUUUUAAUACACAGACUUUCUUCAGUUCUUUUUUUUUUAGGAUGCUGGUGCUGCCUUUAAUGUUGUGAUGUUUGUGAACAGUGCAAUACGGACUCCCUGCUGUAGUCCUCUUGCAUGCUCACCUUUCUUUACAUUUUUUCGUUCUUGCAUUAUUGCAUAGCAGAAGACAGAUACUUGAAAUUAAUGAUGGGGAGUGUUCUUUUUUGUUUCACACUUCUCGUUUCUACUACAAAUAAAGUUUCAUUUUGCCUUAUGGCAUGAAA